AUGCGUCUUCGGGACACCCUGGCGGGCGCCGCCUCGUUCUACAAGGUGGGGAAGGAACUCUUCACCGCAGCCGGACCGCGCGCGGUCUCCGAGUUUGCCUCGGUAGGGCGCGUGUUUCUGGACCUCAAGUUCCACGACAUUCCGGCAACGGUCGCCGGCGCGGUGCGGGCGUCGGCGGGGUUGGGAGCCAGCAUCGUGGACGUCCAUGCGUCCGGGGGAAGGCCGAUGCUCGAGGCGGCUGUCCGAGCCGCCUGGUCCACCCCGGCGCCGCCCCUGCUGCUCGGAGUAACCGUGCUGACCCACUUCGACCGGGAGAGCGCCGCUGAGGUCUAUCCCGGGAUUUCCAUUGCGGACCAGGUUCUGAAUCUCGCCCGUCUCACCCGGGUGGCCGGGCUGGGUGGAGUGGUCGCAUCCGCCUCGGAGGCGAAAAAACUUCGCAGCACUUUCGGCGACGAUUUCGUGCUGCUGGUGCCGGGAGUCCGUCCCCGCUGGGCGGCCGAAGCGCAUGACCAGCGCCGGGUCGCCACCCCGGGCGAGGCAGCGCGCCGAGGGGCGAACUACAUCGUCGUCGGCCGGGCCAUCACGAGGCACGCCGACCCCCGGACGGCGGCGCUUCGGAUCGUCGAAGAAAUCGGCGGCUGA